GAAUAUUCUUUAAAAAUGCUUUAUUAUAAUAAAAUAUAUAUUUUGCUUCUACUACAUUUAUUAAUUCCCAUUAAUUUUGCUUCUAUCGACAAUGAUUGUUCCUGCCCUAAAGAAAAAAUUUUUGAAAGUAAUGUGAGAGAGGGUGUAAUCAAAAGCCCUGGAUACCCCAACGAAUACUGUGAGUCACUUGACUGUAAGUGGAACAUUCAACCAGCAUAUAAUACCUUUAUUUAUGCUGAAUUGAAAUUAUUUGAGACAGAGGAAAGAUAUGACACGUUGGAUGUUUACCAAACAAGAUGGAAUGGUUCAGAGUUAAUGAAAGUUAAACAGGCAAGCCUCAGCGGCAAAAAUGCGCCCAUGGAAUAUUUUCAUUUUUCCUCUUCAAUUAACGGCGGACUUUUAUUCCAUUUUAUUACAGACAACCGUAUGAAUUACCGUGGAUUUGAAAUUCAUUUUUCUCGAAAAUACGAAAAUAAGUUUUUUGUUUAAGAAAUAAAUAUAAAAUUUUUUCAAGCGCCCGCAACCUUCCAUGUCCACAACCAUUUCAGUUUGCAACCAAUAUUCCUCAAUAUCUCCCAGUAUUUCCUAUUGAGUUUUUAGGGACAUGCAUCUUCUCUAUAAAUUCUACACAAGAAAUAAAGCUUACA